AUGCGAGCAGCUAAGCGUAAGGCAACGACGACGUCAUCGCCGCCGCCGACAAAGCCUCGAGUCUUGCAAGACCACGACAGCUACACGGACUCUUCCCUGUCGGUGGAUGGGUCCGACGACGAUGACUAUCACAGUGAAGAUGAUGCCGAAGCACCGCCCAAGCGCAAACGAAACGCGUCACCCAAAAAGAAGAACUCAAAUCAGGAGGCAGCUUCGGCUUCGACUGCUUCGCCGAAGUUAUCGAAGAAAGAUGGAAGCGGACUGGGCGGGAAGGCCCUCAUCAACCUCAUCUUCCGCAGCGACCGCCCGUCAGACGGUGCAGCUGCCCUGCCGCCGGUCCGGUCGCACGCGUUCGACUACCAUCAUCCGCUUUUGCUAGAUUCCACAUCGGACGGUGCUGGCGCAAAGGCCCGCUCGGCUUUCCUGGAAUGGUAUGCUGGUGUCAAGAAGGAUCGCGAGAUGCCAUGGCGAGCCGACUGGAUCGACCCCUUCGACGAAGACUCUUCCGAGGAGCAGAUUCGCACGGCGCUCAAGGAGCGCGCGUACCGCGUCUGGAUCAGCGAAGUGAUGCUGCAGCAGACGCGUGUGGCCACCGUCGUCAAAUAUUUUAAUCGCUGGACUGCCAAGUGGCCCAGCAUCGACAGCUUGGCCAAAGCGGAUGCCCAGGAUGUCCUGGCCGCCUGGAAAGGCUUAGGAUACUACUCGCGCUCGGCUCGUAUCCACGAAGCGGCGAAAAAGGUGGUCAACGACAAAAAGUUGCAGGGUAUGCUUCCUGAAUUACCAGAAGACCUCAGUCGAGACGUACCGGGCGUCGGGCCGUACACAGCUGGCGCCAUCUCUUCCAUCGUCUUUGGCCACGCUGUCCCCAUCAUCGAUGGCAAUGUGGUCCGUGUCUUGUCGCGCCAGAUGGGCCUACUUGCGAGCAGCAAGGAUAAGGCCAUCACAGAUGUCUUGUGGGAAGCAGCAAGGCGCAUCGUGCGCCGAGCUACUCUGGACUGCCUCGUUGAGGCAGACGCUCUGUCAGAGGAGGAGCAGCGCACAAGCGUCUUCGGCAGAGAGGCCUUGCAGCGCAGUUCUGUUCCUGGCGAUUGGAAUCAAGCGUUGAUGGAGCUGGGAAGCACAAUCUGUGCUCCGAAGCCCUCCUGCAACCGAUGUCCGAUCCAGAGCACCUGCCGUGCAUACCACGAAGGCUUGCUCGCGGCAGACGCAGCUUCCAACUCGAGCACCGCUCGCGCUGAGGCGCCGCUCCCGGACCUCGAGGAUCUGUGCAGCGUCUGUGCUCCAGUGCCGAUCUUCGAAGAGCGCCCUGCAUUGCCUGGCCACAAGUCGGAGGCCAAGGCAUCAAAAGCCAAAGAUCCUGGGAACGUGCAGCUGAAGCAGAGCACAAUUUCUUUCGGCGGCAAAGCCAUUGGUUCAGAUAUGAGCAGGAGCAGCUCCUCUUCGAAUGCUAAAGCGAAAUCUAAAGCUCAAGCUCAGGCGGAGCAGGUCGAGGCUUUCAGCAGCAUUGUCGAAGCACACGUCAAGCUGAUGCCGCUCAAGGUGGAGAAGUCCAAAGUGAAGGAGGAGAAUUGCGCUGUGUGCAUCAUCGAAGAUAUGACGCGCAGCACAGAUGGCACCGAUAGAGCGUGUAGUAAUGGAAGCGUUAGGACCCGUGGCCAGAUCCUGGUAGAACAGCGGCCUUCGAAAGGGCUGCUUGCCAACAUGUGGCAGUUCCCGACUUUGUCCUUCGGCUACGACCAGCCACCACCGCCAGCCCAAAAGCGAGCGGCAAUGGCAGCAGAAUUCGUGGGUGCGCUCGUCGCAAAGCACCUGCACCACCCUCGCAGCAGCACCAAGCUCUCAGCAGGAGCGAAUGUCAGCGUGGUGAAAAAGCCGCCGCUCGGCGUCAUCCAGCAUGUCUUCUCGCAUCUCGUGCUCAACAUGCACAUCUACGUGCACGAGCUGCACGCCACGAACGCAAGGGCCGAUGGCGCUGCGAAUGACAAGGAGCAGCAGCCGUCGCAAGCGCAGAAGAUCGCAGAUAUGCCGCGCAAAUGGUGCAGCGAGGCCGAAAUUGCCAGGGCCAACAUGGGCACGGGUAUGGUCAAUGUUUUCCAGCGCUACAGGGGUACAGCCAAGUAA